AUGGCUGAGAAAAGAAGAAGUAAAGACCAUAAUAUAGCACCACCUAAGCCUGAGCAUCUUGAAUCAGUUGGCCCGUCCAAUGGCAAAGUCCAAGGAGAUCCCCUUACCCUGGCAGAAGUUAUUGAAGGAAACCGCCCCGAUCCUUGGGGCUCGGGGCAUAGAGAAUUAUAUUUCAUGUCUGCUUUGGUCUUCCUGUGCUCUACUAUGAAUGGAUACGACACGAGCCUCAUGGGCUCUAUCAAUGCUCUUCCGAACUAUAUCGAGUAUUAUCAUCUUCCAAAUAAGGGCUCCGUGAGCACUGGCAUUGUGUUCUCCAUAUUCCAGAUUGGCCAGAUGGCAGGCGCACUCUUCAUCUGGAUGGCAGAUUGGCGCGGGCGACGAACGCAUAUCUUUGUCGGCUGUCUCGGGGUCUGCAUCGCCACGGUUGUCACCAGUACAGCGGAGAAGCUAAGCGUCUUCAUCGGGGGAAGAUUUCUGCUGUCAUUCUUUGCGACUUGCGCUCACACAGCCUCUCCCUUGUUACUCGUCGAGCUUGCCCCUCCCCAGUAUCGUGGGAGCGUCGCUGGAAUGUACAACACACUUUACUACGUUGGCUCAAUCCUGGCGACUUCAUCCGUGUAUGGCGCCCAUCUACACUUGGCACACCGUGGGCAGCUUGACUGGCGCCUUCCACUCUGGCUCCAGAUGGUAUGCCCUGGACUUGUCUGCUUGGGUAUCUGGUUUGUCCCAGAAUCACCCCGCUGGCUCAUUGCAAAGGAUCGCCAUGAGGAGGCCCAAGCCUUCAUCGUAAAGUAUCAUGCUAACGGCGACGCUUCACAUCCACUUGUGGUGCUUGAGAUGAACGAGAUGAGAGAUAAUUUACAACGAGAAGGGAUCACACGUUGGCGUGAUUUCUUCGAUCUUUCAGUGCUUGUCAAGUCCCGUUCUCGCCGGUAUCGUCUCAUGCUCAAUCUGGCCUUUAGCUGGUUUGGACAAUUCUCUGGGAAUAAUGUCAUCUCGUACUACCUUCCAACGCUGCUGGAAAAUGUGGGAGUCACCAAUACCGACACCCAGCUACUGCUUAACAUUAUCUAUGCAUUGACUGGUUGGAUUGCUGCCACGAUUGGCACUCGCUUCCAUGACAUUGUUGGCCGCCGGAAAAUGUUUCUUGGUUCAACAGCUGGUAUGGUCAUCUGUUUGGCAGUCACAGGAGCAACAGCCGCGGUCUUCGUUCACAGUGGCAGCACGACUGCAUCGUCAGCUUCGAUCGCUUUUAUUUACAUCUUCGGUGUUAUAUUUGCGUUCGCUUUUACUUCCAUGCAACCUAUCUAUCCCGGUGAAGUCAUGUCAAACGAUAUGCGGGCAAAGGGUAUGGGAACAUUCAAACUCACAGCAGGUGCCGCGGGCUUUGUCAACACCUUUGCGGCACCGAUCGCUCUGGCAGACAUCGGGUACUGGUUCUAUGUCUUCUUUGUUUUCUGGGAUUGCUUCGAAUUUGCUUUCAUCUACUUCUUUUUUGUCAAGACCAAGGGGCGGACCCUAGAAGAACUGGAGGAAGUGUUUGAAGCUCCAAAUCCUCGCAAGGCGAGUCUCAAGGUUCCACCACGACAUCGCCGUGUUGUAGAGCCGUAA